CGCUCCCCUCAUUCGCACCAAACACACCUCUCUCGACACUUUUCACUACGACGAUGAAGACGACGAUGACGAAGAGCGCCCACACCAAGAGCUGUACGUGAUCGAGCCCCAGUCCGGUGACAUAUACGUCCUCCCAAGUCCGCGCGGCGCCCUUCAGCGCCUCUCCCUCACCAUGCCCCAACUUGUGGAGCUUUCCCCAGGCACAUUUGCAGGCUCGGGCGGCAACACCCGCGCGAACGACUAUGACCGUUUCUUUGUCGGCAAGAAAGAGUCAAGUUUUCUGAGUAUCGAACUUGAAACCGGAAAAGUCCGCGCCAUCACCGCCGAAUGCCCUUGGAAUCCAUUCGAAGACCUUGCGCCGACCAGCACGGAGGACGAGGAGCUCGAUCUCGACGACCUCGAGGACGCCUUCUCCAACGCAGAGCGGUUCAAGCCCACGGAGGUGUUCAUUGGCCGUACCGACUAUCACGUCUCCAUCUACCCCAAGGCCAAGUCCGCCCCUCCUCCUUCCCUCGGUGGUCGAGCUCGGGGCGCCCCCAUCCAGAGCUUAUCCUUUUCUGCGUAUGGACCCAACGUGCAACACAGCGCCAUGCAGGCUGCCUACAGGCGGACUGCGGACGACAUCUAUUUCGACUCGCUACCAAGUGGGGAAGCUAUCAUGCUGCACGCGCGCGACGAUCCAGACGACGCAUACAAGCAAGUCCCGGAGUUUGUCCGUUCUAUCAAAUUCGAUAGCCCGAUUGUGGCCGUAUUCGAUGUCCUCCGUGGUGCACACUCGCGCGAGGCCUUCGCCCUCCUGCAGCCCCGCCACUCACUCGCUGAUGCGCUCUUCGGCACCUCCAAAUCCGGCUCAAGCAAGGGCUCUUUCCCCAUGGAUGCGAACAGCGCUUACCUCGGCCUCGUUGAGGAGACCGGCUCGCUCUUCGUCAUGGGCACGGACCGGUUCCCGCUCGUCGCGUUCGGAGACACGCAAUAUGCGCCCGCAUUGAAGUCAAUCGACGCGCCUUCCGAUUCUACGUCUAGAAAGAAGGGCAAGGGCAAGGGCAGGGGCGGAGAAGAGGAUGCAGACGCAGACACGGACAUGGAUCUGCCAGACGACGUCGACGCGAUCACGCGCCGCCGCAAGUGGGCGCAGGCGUGCUCGCGCACGGGCGGCGGCAUAGACCGCAAGUGUCUCGUGGGCAAGCGCCCGCUCGAGGCGCCGCCCACCCUCCCCGGCGUCCCCUCGGUCCCGUUCUCGCCCUCUCCCUCUCCGGUGCCCGCACAGCACCCGGGGUUCAACAGCGGGCUUCCUGCGCCGGCGGCACCGAGUGAGGGCGCCGGUAGCGGUGUCCCCGUGGACAAUACGACGUUUACAAAGAUCUGGCGCAGCGUUGCGCACUCGACGGCUGCGGUCGUCGAGCGCCCGCUUUCGCUCGUGGGCGGUGUGGGCGCGAGUGUGCUGGGUACGGUGUUGCUCGCUGUGCUUGGUGGCGUGUACGUCACGCGCUCCAAGGGCUUCACUUCGUCUUCGCCCGCCUCGGUUGCUGUGCCUCCGGCGCCUGGCACGCACGAGGCUGCGAUUGGGAGUUCGGAGGAAGCUGGCAGGGGCGAUGGCUCAAGGGCUGUGCCUGUGGUCAAUCUUGACGAUACGGCCCCGGUUCAACCUGCGACUGCGGUUGUGGGGACAGCGGACGGUGUCGUGGAAACUUCGGGUGCGACAGCCACCCCGGAUUCUGACGGCGCUCCAAGCACCCCAACUCCAACGCCCAAGGGUCAUGGCAACGACAGCGACUCCACCCCGUUUACGCCCGUGCCUGCAUCCGCAUCCAAGUCCGAGAUGAACGGAGACCAGACUCUCGUGACUGCCUCCGUGAAGUUCAGCGUUCCUCCCGGCUCGCCUAAGCUAUCGAGGGAUGAGGACACGGCGGACGAUACAGGCGCUGAAGAUCAGGACCAGGACCAGGACCAGGACCAGGAUCAAGGGCAGGAGGACCAGGGCGCGCCACGGAAGCGCCGCCGCCGCCGAGGCAAGAAAGGCAAGGGUAAUGCCAAUGCCCAGGCCAAUGGAAGGACAGACGAGCAGGGCCAGGGUCAGGCACUGGGAUCGGGAUCGGGUCAGGAGGAGCAGGAACGGAUAGAAGGGAUUCCAAGAGCAGUUACCGCGUCGCCGACGCUGAUCGUGCAGAGGUCUGCCGCGGCGCCGCCGGUGCAGCAGCAGGCGACGUCGUUGGUUGUUUCUGAUACGGUUCUCGGGUUCGGCUCGCACGGUACUGUCGUCUUCCAAGGCUCGCUGCAGGGGCGCGCCGUCGCCGUGAAGCGCCUUCUGCAAGAUUUUGUCACGCUCGCCGCGCGCGAGGUGUCCAUCCUACAGGAGUCAGACGACCACCCGAAUGUGAUCCGGUACUACUACCAAGAGUCGCACGCCAACUUCCUCUACAUCGCGCUCGAGCUCUGCCCCGCCUCGCUCGCGGACGUGAUCGAGCGCCCGGACGUGCACCGCGAUAUCAUCGUAGGCUUCGACUCCAAGAAAGCCCUUCGGCAGAUCACCUCGGGCCUGCGGCAUCUGCACAGUCUCAAGCUCGUGCAUCGCGACAUCAAGCCGCAGAAUAUACUCGUGUCCGGCCCAAAGCCCGGCGCGAGCGGCGCGGGCAAGGACGGCGGGAGGCGGAUGCUCAUUAGCGAUUUCGGGCUGUGCAAGAAGCUCGAGGUCGACCAGACGAGUUUUCUGCCGACUGCGCAUGGGGCUAUGGCGGCGGGCACUGUUGGGUGGCGUGCGCCUGAGAUUCUGCGCGGGGACGUGCGUCUCGAGGAUCCGGGCGACGACGGGUCGUCGGUGAGCUCGCGGGGGAGCGUUGGGACUGCCACGGGCGGCUCGACGGGGAGCACGGGCACGGCGGGAGGAAGCGGGAAACGGCCGACGCGGCUGACGAAGAGCGUGGAUAUUUUUGCGCUGGGGUGUUUGUUCUUCUAUGUGCUCACGAACGGGGGCCAUCCGUUUGGGGACCGGUAUGAGCGCGAGAGCAACAUUAUGAAGGGGAGCAGGGCGCUCGAGGGGCUCGAGCGGUUCGGCGAGGAGGGGAGCGAGGCGGUGGAUCUGAUUGGGCGGAUGAUCGAUGCGGAGGCGGGCGCGAGGCCGGAUACGACGACGUGUCUGCUGCAUCCGUUUUUCUGGGACGCGGGGAAGCGGUUGAGUUUCUUGCAGGACGCGUCGGACCGGUUCGAGAUUAUGUGUCGGGAUCCGAGGGAUCAUAAUCUUGUUGUGCUCGAGACGGGGGCGGCGCAGGUUGUGGAAGGGGACUGGUAUGCGAGGUUGGAUCGGGUGUUUGUUGAGAAUUUGGGCAAGUUUAGGAAGUACGAUGGGAAGAGCGUGCAGGAUCUGAUGAGGGCGUUGCGGAAUAAGAAACAUCACUACCAGGAUCUGCCGGACAACGUCAAGCGGACGCUAGGCUCCAUGCCCGAGGGCUAUUUGGCGUACUUCACGAAGCGCUUCCCGAGGUUGUUCUUGCACGUGUAUGGUGUCGUCUCUGGCACGGCGCUGCGGCACGAGAGCAUGUUCAGGUCUUACUUCGAGCUUGCGGAAUCGUAAAGUGAACGACGGAGUUUGGUUGACGUCUCCCCUCUCCCGACGACGCUUUCGAUGCUGUCCUCUUGGUCACCCUCCCCUCCUCGAAUACUCCGUUACAUCCUUGGCGACAUCCUUAGUUCACAUCCCCCCGCUUCCCUUCUACCUGCUCUCCCUCCUCCUUCACCUCCUCUCUUGCAUUUCCGACUUCUAAAAGUAUACUCUCAUCAUAUCUUUCGGUUCUGGCCCCUGGUCCCCCGCAGACCGUGGGCAAUGGGGUAGGUGGGCGAGCGCACGCCGCGGUCCGUGGAGGGAAGCUUUGCUGGUAAACUAAAAUAAUAGACGACGGCGGGGCCUCGCUUGGAUGACUGGGUUGAUAGAUGGAAUGGAUGGAUGAACGGACUCGACAGAUAUCCAACGUUGCGGCUGUGUUAUUUCUUUCACCUUCUUCCCCUCUUCUCUUUUUCUCGCUCUCUUCUGUCUCUUUCUUUCUUGUUUGUUUGCUUGUUUCGAUCUUGCCUCUCCAUUUCAUUGCUGAUACACUGAUACAACACCAACAACCGCUGAUAUCGAUGCACAUGCAUGUUCAUUAUAACCUACACGACUCGUCGCAUUACAGUAUUUGUCUAGUACCCCCCACGGUGUGCACUCGUGCGCACUCUGGAAUAUCUCACUAUGUAUUUGUACUAGUAUGUUAGCUAGUUUAUUGCAUUUGCUCUGAC